AGGACAUCCGCCGUUGGCUCAAGCUUCGAUAGGCCUCUAAGGGCCUGUGGGGUUCAACGUCUACGGACGGUGUGGACCCAGUGUCUGCUUGGCAUUUAGCUCUCUUGGUGGCGAAGAGUGUGCAGUGCUGCCUCCUCGCACGGCGAGCUGCACAGCAAGCGGACAGGAGAGGAGUGUGCCAUGAAGAAGGCAGAGGACGGAAAAGAAGGGCCGGUCUCUCGCGGUGCGAAAGGCCGCGAAAGCAAGGCGUCUGCACGGCCAACAAGUGCACGUGUGAGUGCCAGCACAGAGACGUUGGCCCAGACGUCCCCGGCAAGAGGUGUUGCCGGCUCCAGCGGUGAUCGCUUUCUCACACGAGAGGCAACAUCAGCACGACGGAAGGAAAGUUUCGCCUCAGCCAGCUCAAAAAGACGCGGCGAGGCAUCUGCCCCUUCAACGCAACCAACGCCCAAUUCGCCUCCAAGGAAGAAACAGGAGGACAAAGAGGCAAGUAGCCCACCAACAGUGCAGCCUCAGGUGAACCUCGCCUCGGUUGGACCUGGAGCACCACUUUUUGCUCCGCCACCUGGCUUGGAGAGGCAAAGCGAAGAGAUUCUUGCACCACCGGGACUUGGGCCACCGCCUGGAUUGGGGGGCCCAAUGUUGGGCUUUUCGGACUUGUUUGCCAGCAUACGUCGAAGAGACUUUGCAGAGGCCUAUGGUGGAUUUGAGACGGACACUACGAGCUUUGAUGAGGAGGUGGAGCUGCUUCGCUGUGAGAAAGACUUGGUGGAGGCAGCUGUUGAGCUAGGCACCACCACUUCAGCGGAAGAUGACCUCCUUACAACAGAUGCAGAUGUCGAUGAUGAAGAGGAUGGCCUUGUUUCAAUCGCCAAGUUUCGUCCACUCCUUCACCGGCCUAGUGUGGCCAAUGCUGUGAUUGAAGAGGAGGACGAAGAGGAUGCGUCAGAGAACGAUCCCGUUCCUGGCAGUUUUGAGGCUGACAGCACUCAGGUGCGAAGUCGUCUUUGGGCUCAGAGCUUGUUGCGGCUCCGACGCUCCAUUGAUGAAAUCUACUUGCUUUGUGAGUUCGAGAGUGAUGAAGGGCUCACUGAGCAAGUCCAGAAGAUUCUAAAGCAGGCUGGCCAGGACUUCGGUUCUUUGCUAAAGCAGCUUGACAACCAGCAGGAAUAUGCUCUCAUGCAGGGAGAGUACCCCUUCAAGACUGGUGUAGCUUGGACUACCCGGCCAUGCAAGGGAGGGGAGUCUAUGGCUGAGCACAUUGAAAAGGUCCAAGGUUCCCCUGUAAGUGCGAGUCGUGUCAAUGCCAAGGAGACAAAGCGAACAAGCUCUCGGGAGGGCAGGCGGAGAGGUGCGUGGCUGGAGGAGUUUGAGGGAGACAGCCUAAGCGAUGUCACGCAGCUCAGUACCUCUCUUGAAGAGAGGCCUGAUGCCAAGGAAGACCAGAGCUUAGGUCGCGAUCAAGGGGAGAAGGGCAACAAGGACAGGAGUAGCCAGUUGUACUUCAUGGUCCAGUCCACCUUGGAGAAUGUGCACAAGCGCUUAGGCAGCUCGUCUAAACCAAGCCCUGAGGAAGUGCAGCAGCGCCACGAAGCGAGACAGAGGCAGGCUCAGGCACGCCGCGCAGUACAAGAUGAAGAGCGACAGCUGCAGCUGAGGCAAGCAGAGAGCCGUGCAACGGCAGCGCGGGAACGGCGGCAAGAGCAGGAGAUGCGGAGGCAACGUGACUUGCUUGAGAAGAUGACUCGUGCAAGAAGGCAGUAUCAGGACCAGCUUCGAGUCAUAUGCCAGCGAGCUCAUAAGGAAAACCGAAAAGCGCAUGAGGUUGCUUUCUUGGCUAAAGAAGCUUUGAAAAGUGAAUGUGAAGCUCUUAAGAAGAAACAAGAGAAUGCCCGCGUGUCGCGGAAGCUUCUCCGUGAGCAGAUGCAGCAGAAGCUUAUCGAGAGCGCCGCGCGGGUGGCCAAAGUCUCGGAGAAGCGGAAGCAGCAGUUGGAGACCUGGCAAGAGAAGGUUCAGCAGGAACUUGAGGAGAAGGAACGUUUGGCCUCCGAACGGCGCAGGGAACGGAUGAAUUCUAUCAAGCUCAAGAGCCAAGGCCAUGAGACUCGCUCAGAGAUUGUUCAAAGGAAGCGUCGGGAGCUUCAAGAGGUGGAUGAACGUACAACGCAGGAGUUUUUGCGGUUCCGGAACAAGAACAUUGGCAAGAUGGCAUUGGAUUGUGACGGGCUUCCAGAGGCUGUGCGUGAGGAUUUGGAUGCGCAAACCACAAAGCCUCGCCGCAAGGCUGCGACGCCUACCCCCACUAGAGGAGGUCGUUCAAGUGACAGCCCGCUUGCUUGCAGCGAGCCUGCAAUCGUGGAGACUGUAGACUUUGAGGAGGAUACCUCCCCGCGGCAGGUGCCGAAGUUCUCUGCUAAAAGAGCUGCUCUAAGACAAGAGCUGAUGGCAGUUGCCCUGAGUGAUGAGGAGGCUUUGCGUAUGGCCUGUGAAAGUGACCUUCGCAACGCUACUCAGAACGCAGCACAACGUGCCAAGAUCAACAAGCUUGCUGGCGACCUUGCAAAACUCCUUAAGACCACUGCCGCCUGCUCUGAGGACGCGCAUCCAGGCUUCUUAAAUUUGGAGAAGACAGAGGCGGUCUUGUCAGAAUUCUGUAAGGUUUUGACGCAAGUGCAGAGAGAGGCCGACCUCGCGCUGAUUCUGAAACUGAACUGUGCUAGGAUGGUUGUUGACAUUUGCUGCUACAUCAAGGACUCCAUUCGGUGUCUUGAGUUGUCCGGCGACAAAGCUCCUUUGGUGGCCUGGAAACUGAAUUGCAAUGUCAUGUUGUGUGCCCUGAAGUGGUUGGGCCUCCUCUGCAAGUCCCGCUUGGCGCGUUUGGUGCUCUUGCUUACUGGUCGCGUAGUGCUGCUUGCGGAUGUGGCCACAGCCUAUCUGGAGAUGCACUUUGCUGAUGCCCUAAAGCCACAAGAACUCGAGGGUGGACCCGUACUCUUCCUUCCUCAACUCUUGCAUGUCCUGGCGCUUCACAUGAAGCAGGCACCGCCUGAGGGAGCACCUCGAGAACUUCAGGGCACCUUAGCGGCAUAUUUGCUUCUUGGCCUCGCAGAGAAGCUUCGCGAGCUUUUCCGGCGUGCAGAAAUUCGUGGCCUAAAUUGCUUUGAGGGGGCGUCACCAUUGCCACUCCUUCUUCUGCGGGCUAUGUGCUUCCUGGGGACCCUGGUUUGUGCAUACCGCGCGCCCAAGGCGGACGAUACGCACAAGCAGGUUCUCGAGAUGUUCCACGACACGGAGCUUUUUGGUGUUGUGGGCAUCUUGGUGUCCAUCCUUUUGUCAGAGGGCCGCCGUGAAAAGGGUGCCAAGCUGCCGCAGACGGUGAUCUCUCUUUGCGUUCAGGCGGUGAGAAUUUGCAAUAGCAUUGCUCGCAUCGACCUCGUAACAGUGCAGAAGACACUGGGUGCCAGCAGGCAGCAGGAGUUCUACCACCUACUGGUCUCUUUGUUGGACUACUGCGUGGCACGUUUGCCGGCUAGCAUGGCCAAACCAACAGGUCAAGCAGAGGAAAGCGAUUUGCUGCAUGAAGCGGUCGUUUUGCUUGGCUUUUACUGCCUUCAAGAACCGGAGAACCAAAGCAUCCUGUGCUAUGGCGAGGGUCAGGCGUUGCUUACACGCCUAGCCGCCCUGCCUUUGCACUACUUCAUGGAUGAGCGCGGCAAGGCCAUUCUGUUUCCCACCAUCUUGGCAUCUUGCUUUAAGUCGGAACAGAACUUGGCAGUCCUCAGGUCAGAGAUGAACCUGUCGUUGGUAUGCACCUUCCUGGCUGCGCAGAUGGCCCAGGGAGAAGAGGUGCCGCCGGCCACGCCAGAGGGGUUGCCGGCCUUCACAUGCCGCUUCCCACCAGAACUUUGGAAGGAAGCACUGGCCUUCUUUGAUGGAACUUCAGAGGCUGAGGCCGAGGCUGACUCGGCCAAAGCAACCGAGGCCUGAAAGCUCAGAGCUCAAGAGAGCUCGAACGAGCUCGAAAGCGUGGACAUGAGCAGCUUGAGCUGGUCAGUGAGCGCUCCUUUAGACCAGAGGGAAUAGUUUGCACGAGGGCAUUGCUUUCCUCCA